AUGGCAUUGCAGAAGAAAAUUCUGAUUUCUGUCUGUUGUUGGCGUUUCGACAGGAACGAUAUUGGUCGCGGACGAGGACGCAGCAAUUUUAUGCCUCGUCUCCCGAAUCCACGUCCGGCGGAGAAGGAAUGGAACAAUCGUUACGAUCGCAAUGAGCCGCAUGAACGCAGGUUUCCUCGUGAUCGGCAAGAGGCUGCAGACGGACGCGAUUUUCAGCGGCCAUCUCACCAUGAUUCUCAACAUGGAAGAUACGACAAUCAUCGUCAUCACAAUCGUUACCACCAUGCGGAAGAAGAGCCAGAAUGGUUUACUGGUGGUCCGACGUCCCAGAAUGAGACCAUCGAACUACACGGAUUUGAUGAUGAGGUGGAGCAGUUGGGGAAGAACAAAUCUGCGAAAACUGCGACCUCGGAACCCACCCUAGCAGGAUCUCGUCCUCCGAGUUCGGUGGACCCUGUGCAGGAACCCUGUGAAGGGGUUCGUCACAGUUCUCCGUUGCCGUCGGGAAAGUCACCGGAGAAAAAGGAUGGUACGCUGAAAGGAACAGAGGAAGAAACGCCAAAAAAUUUUCCCAUGGAUUUCGAUGGAUUCUUUGUCGGAGCAGAGCCUGAAGAGGUUGCAACAUCGACUGGAUCUCGCUUCAGACGUUUCUUCACUCGCCAGUUCGAGGAAGAAAACCCCGGGAUUGAGAAGGAAUCAUCGGCCGCAGAGCACAAGAAAAACGCUUCAGAUCUUAUCAACGAUCAGUAUUCCGCACCUAAGAAUGAUCCCCACGCGAGACAAACUGGACGUGUGAGUGGGGAAUCUUGCGAGCUUGGGGGAGAAAUUCUGCACUUGUUCCGAAAUGCACUGCCUGACAAGAACUCAGUGAACCGCGAUGGACAUUCCGAGAGUCUCGAAAAACGUGCGCACAUUCGCGAAUUGGCAAUACAAGGCAAAGUGAUGAAUGUCUCAGAAAUUGAGGGGCAAAGGGUCGAACGAGAACCCUUGCCGCAGUCCUUUCAUCCCCCGGGAAACGAUAUGUCGGCCUUUCAGAAAUUGUUGGCCCAGGUGUCUCAGGGGGAAGUUCAUCCCUUGGCUGCUGCUAGAAACGUUGAUAGGACCUUGAAUGGGUCCACGCAGUCCACUGGGUACAUGGGAACUGUUCGUCCGACUUUGGUCGUUCCCGGAACGAAUGACCGUCAGAUUUUCAUGAACAAUCCAGGUCCAUUGUUCCAGAACCAGCCUUAUAUGGGUAACAAAACCACCUCUUCUGGAUUGCUCGACGCCAUUAAGGACCGUCGGCAACAGUCUUUUGCUGUGAGCGAGCAAUUGAAGAAAGGAGUGCCGUUGGAGGAAAUUGAAAUUCCGAAGCCGUCUUUCCAGCCUCCGACGAACAAGGGUGCCGUUAGUUAUCCACGGGACUUCGCCGCCAGUAUGUGCAUGGCUGGUCUGGAUGUUGAGCGUCUUUCUCGACCCGAAGCCCAGUAUAUUCUCAAAGGUUUGGUCGAUGGUCGACUGUCCAAGCUGCAAAUUCAGUUCUUCAGCGGUGCUUCGGGUCAGCCCGAGAAUAUGAAACAAGCCUACGCAGCCGUCAACAGAGCCUUGGAGUGUCGCUUCGACCCUGUGAGUCUUCUCGGCGAUCAAGGAGUGAAAUCCCUGCAAGAUAGUGGAACACGAAAACCAAUGCUGGCUGCUGCUCCACCUCCUCCGCUUCCUGGGAAUGUUGCUUUCCGUCCUCCUUCAAUCCCCAUGUCUGCCGGUCCGCCGAUGAUGAACGAGCCUUCGCCGCGGGAGAUAGCUUUUCAGACGCAGCAGCUGAUGAACGACGCCAAGAUGAAGCAGCAGCAGGCGCGAAUGCAACAGCUGAUGCAACAGCAAGCUCAAAUCCAGGCGCGUCAAGAGUUCCAGGCCCAGAUGCAGCAGAUGCAAGCUGACGAUUUCCGGCGUCGUCAAGCUGAACAUCAGCAACAGCACCUUCUCCACCAGUACGUGUCGCGCGAUGCAGAAGCAGUGGAUCAACUGGCGAAACUGAUGGCUCGUGCUGGAGUGCAGAGCCGACCCUUGCCCCUGAUCCCGGGCGAGAAGAUCAUGUCGGUGGCCGACUUGGAACGCAACCUGAACGCUCAACCGCGCAUCAACUAGUACCUCUGUGCUUUUGUCCUCGCCCGUGUGUCUAUUGAACGUGCAACGAAAGGCACGACGAGAUGAUGAUGGAGGAGAAGAUGAAGAAGAUGCUGAGGAUAAUCAGAAAGAAUGCGACAAAGACGCAUGCUGGUAAAAGAGAAAAAUGUACUGUGAGGCGAUCCUGUGAUUUGAAACGAGAAGAAAUAAGGAAGAUAUCCCUGAGCCCCCGUUUCCCGAAUGUUCCCUGUGGCCUUUUCCCCAGUCCCCCGUGAUGCGGUCGUUACGCUGCUUUUGAUCCGUGAUAUAUAUUUUCCCCUUGCUUCUUGAAGAAGAAUGAAAAGAAAAAAAAGAAGAGUGUUCAAGAGUUUGUCUGUUCGAAUCCGAGAAGAGGUUCCGUUCCGUGUUGGAUUCACGUGCUUGAUCAUCAUUUGAUUUCCCUGAGAAAAUCACCUAUUUCGGUUUUUUCCAGUCAAUUCUUUUUUUGUUGUUGUUGAACCCAUGCACUUUUUGUUUUUUUUUGGCGUCUGGAGUAAUUUGUAGGACGCCGUCGACUUUAUUUCCUUUACUCAUUUUGUUGCCUUUUUCUCGGAAAUUAAAUAUUCAUCCUUCGUUCUGUGGAUUAGGUCGGAUUCUAUUACGAUCGAUUUUUGAACUCAUCGUAUACGUGAGAGAGAGAGAAUUUGUCUGGUUUUGCAAACUUGUGAAGAGGGGAGUCCUGUCCAAAUAUUUUUUGUGGAAACUCGGAUGUGAGUACAAACGCGCUGCUCUUUUUCUUUUCGUGUUCGAUUUCCGCGAGAGGAUCUUUGUCGAGAUAUUGAAAGGGUUUCGUCUUUGUUUUCUUUCUGGCAGAACAUUCCCCCCAGUUUCUGAGUGGGUGUAAUUUUCCCUGUAACGAACAAACGAGAAGAGAGAAAGCGAGGGAAAGAAACUUUUUUUUUCUUGUGCGCAUCAUUCAAACUUGGAGGGUUUUUGCGGUAUGAAUUUUUUGCUGGCUCAGAAUUUCGUUGGUGAACCGUUUUUUGGAAGAAGUUGUAAGUUUUGAUUUUCCUCGGGAUGGAAUCUGGCGCAGAAGAUGGGAAGAAUGCAGAAAGAAGGGAGAGAA